AUGGAAGCAACGCAGAAAACCGAUCCCGUCGAUAGCAUGGCCGGGCGCAAAAAGGGACAAGGCCCAUACAAGAUGACGCUCGCUCAGCAGGCGAGAACAAUGUCUUACUACAAGCCGGCGAUCAAGUCCGAGAAUUGCUUUACCGCCGAUAACGCCUUAUUUAUAUUAUCACCAGAGAAUUGUAUACGAAAAAUAGCGAAGAAAAUAACAGACUGGCCACCAUUCGAAUGGUUAAUUUUGGCCACAAUUUUGGCGAAUUGUGUCGUUCUUGCCUUAGAAGAUCAUCUUCCAAAUGACGAUAAAGCUGCUAGAACUUAUUUCCUAGAAAAAACAGAACCUUAUUUCUUAGUAAUAUUCUGCGUGGAAAGUUGUUUAAAAAUAUUAUCCAUGGGCUUUGCUUUCCAUAAAGGCUCAUAUCUCCGUAAUGGUUGGAACAUUAUGGACUUUAUAGUUGUUAUUACUGGUCUUCUGACGUUUUUCAACGAUGCACCGCAAGUAACAGAAGGUGCAAAAGAAGGAAUGUCCAAUCCAAAGAGCUUUCAGACAUUAAGGGCUUUCCGCGUUGUAAGGCCAUUGAAACUUGUUUCGGGAAUUCCGUCGCUACAAGUUGUUCUAAAAUCGAUAAUCAAAGCGAUGGUACCGUUGCUGCAUAUUGCAGUUCUUCUUUUAUUUUUCAUCGUGGUUUGCUCGAUUAUCGGACUAGAGCUCUACAUUGGCACGUUCCAUAGGACGUGUGUCUCAAAAAAGACAAACGAGUCAUACAGGGAUAACCUUGUGUGCAAGGGCAACUACCGAAACGAUUCAGACCCUGAAAAUUACAGUCCCGCCUCCCCAUUCCUUUGUCCUCCAAAUUACGAUUGCCGCCAUGACCACCAUGGCCCCAAUCAUGGAAUAACGACUUUCGACGAUAUAAUAUUUUCCAUGAUGACAGUUUUUCAAUGUAUCACCAUGGAAGGUUGGACGGACAUAAUGUACUUUGCGAACGAUGCAAUUGGAGCAUCAAUGAAUUGGCUCUUCUUUAUGCUUCUUGUUAUUAUUGGAUCCUUCUUCAUGCUGAACUUAGUUCUCGGUGUUCUGAGCGGAGAGUUUGCAAAAGAAAGAGAAAGGGUAGAGAAUAGACGCACCUUUCUAAAGCUACGAAAAAGGCAGCAGUUGGAAAGAGAGCUGGACGGCUACCUUAACUGGAUCGAGAAAGCAGAAGAAAUCAUUUUAACAGAAGGAGAUGAGAACUCUGAUGGCUCCAAUUACGAUAUGCGCAAACAACACUACAGGAAUAACGCGAAUUAUCAAAUGUCGUCUGAUAGCGAGGAUUGCAUGACGGAGUUUGGUGGUGCAGCGUACUCGCGAAAGAAACACUCGCAUCCGAUGUUUGCUUGGAUGAACAGAAAAGAACGACAGAUGAGGAUAAAAGUGAGACAUUUGAUAAAAUCACAAGUAUUUUAUUGGACUAUUUUAUUCCUCAUCUUUCUGAACACUGUCUUCAUGUGUUCCGUUCAUCACAAUCAACCGGAAUAUUGGGGAAUCUUUCUCUAUUACGCAGAGUACGUUUUUCUUGGUUGCUUCAGUCUUGAACUGGCUCUGAAGCUGUAUGGUCUGGGAGGAAGAGCCUACUUCCGCAGCAGUUUUAACGUCUUCGAUCUUGUUGUUAUCAUCGGCUCAGUGAUGGAGCUGAUAAUUGGCAUAUUUUUUGAUGGAAUGUCACUUGGUAUUUCAGUCCUUCGAGCGUUGCGCCUCUUGCGCAUUUUUAAAUUGACCUCUGCGUGGAGUUCACUGCGGAACUUGGUGGUGAGUCUCGUGUCCUCCCUCCGCUCCAUCAUGUCCCUCAUUUUCCUCCUUUUUCUAUUUCUUGUGGUCUUCGCGCUACUCGGAAUGCAGAUUUUCGGUGGCAAAUUCAACUUUAAUGAAGAGUCUCCGAACGCAAACUUCGAUACAUUUCCAGCUUCUUUUUUGACUGUUUUUCAAAUUUUAACUGGCGAGGAUUGGAAUAUGGUCAUGUACGACGGUGUCAGAGCAUCAGGUGGCGUGGAAGAAGGUGGUCUUCUCUUCGCGCUCUACUUUAUCGUUCUUGUGUUGUUCGGUAAUUACACUCUUCUCAAUGUUUUCUUGGCCAUCGCUGUCGAUAACCUGGCGAAUGCACAAGAACUUACUAAAGACGAAGAAAACGAGGAGACCGAGCGUCAGAUCAAGAAAGAGGUUCGAAUCAAGCAGGAGAUCAACAAUAUGUCGCCAAACAGCGUCGACAAAAUACUCAACAAUGUCGACGUAGAGAAGAUUAAUGCGAAAACGGUUUGGGAAAAGCGCCAAAUCGAAAUGCGAAAGGGAUCGGCCACCAAUUCCCUGAAAUCAGUUACCAGACUGAGUUCUACAGAAAAUCAGCUGAUGAACGGUGCCGUGAACAAAGUGAUAACAAAGAAUGACUCAGAAGAGUCCGAAAAUUCGAACGGCCCAAAACCUAUUCUCCCAUAUUCGUCAAUGUUCAUAUUCCAAAGUGAAGACCCGAUUCGCGUCGCGUGUCACUACAUCGUCAAUUUGAGAUAUUUCGAAGCAACAAUUUUGACAAUCAUCGCCUUUUCGUCAUUCACGCUCGCCGCUGAGGACCCAGUUCAUCGGAGCAGCCUUAAGAAUGAAGCCAAGUUUUCCAAAUUUUCAAUGCAAUUCGGAAAGCCCUUCACAGUUCUCAAGUACUUCGACUAUAUAUUCACAGCAGUUUUCACGUUCGAGAUGAUCUUCAAAAUUAUUGAUCUCGGACUAAUCUUUCAUCCUGGUGCCUACUUUCGAUCGUUUUGGAAUGUCCUUGACUUUGUGGUUGUGUCUGGCGCUCUCCUUAGUUUUGCCAUGGCCUCAAUCGACGGCGGGUCUGUUGACAAUUCUGUCGACCUCGGAGUUAUCAAGUCGCUGCGGGUACUCCGAGUUCUGCGCCCACUCAAGACAAUCAAACGGCUCCCGAAACUCAAAGCGGUUUUCAUGUGUGUUAUCAACGCUUUUAAGAACGUCAUGACAAUUCUUAUUGUUUACGCACUAUUUAUGCUCAUCUUUGCUGUAAUAGCUGUUGAACUCUUCAAAGGAAAGUUUUAUUACUGCACUGACUCGUCCGUGCUGACAAAAGACGAAUGUGUUGGGAGUUACUUGAGCUAUGACACGCGCUACCGAGUAAAAGUGAACCAGCGCGAGUGGCUGCGGAAAGACUUCCACUACGACAAUGUUUUCUUUUCUUUUCUGACUCUCUUUGUUAUUUCUACGGGCGAAGGAUGGCCACAAGUGCUCUGGGACUCUAUCGAGGCAACAGAGGAAGACAAGGGCCCACUUAAAAACUACAACCUGUCAAUCUCAAUCUUCUAUAUUGUUUUUGUUAUUGUCUUUCCAUUCUUCUUUGUGAAUAUCUUCGUGGCCUUGAUCAUCAUUACCUUCCAAGAAGAAGGUGACAAAGCGAUGUCCAAUUGCAAUUUGGAAAAGAACGAGCGUGCCUGCAUCGAUUUCGCCAUUUCUGCCCAGCCUUUAACAAGGUUCAUGCCAGAAAAUAAAGGCACUUUCCAAUAUCGGAUUUGGCGCCUUGUUGUCUCCACUCCCUUUGAAUGGACUAUUAUGAGUCUGAUCGUGUUGAACACGAUCGUGUUGAUGAUGAAGUUCUUCGAAAUGUCGCCAGAAUAUGAACAGUGCCUGCAUGCCACCAAUGUCGUGUUUACGACGCUCUUCUCACUCGAAAGUUUCAUAAAAAUGUUCGCCUUUGGCCCUCUCAACUACUUCCGCGAUGCUUGGAAUGUCUUCGAUUUUAUAACCGUAGUCGGCUCCAUUGCCGAUGUUUUGAUAACACUCGUCGCACACGAUGUUAACAAUAACUUUAUAAAUUUGUCUUUCUUGCGAUUAUUCCGAGCUGCAAGAUUGAUCAAACUUUUACGUCAGGGCGAAACUAUAAGAAUAUUGCUUUGGACAUUUGUUCAGUCGAUAAAAGCUCUUCCGUAUGUAUGUCUCCUUAUCAUCAUGAUAUUCUUCAUAUAUGCAAUUAUUGGCAUGCAAAUGUUUGGAAAUAUCGCCCUCGACGAAGACUCUGAAAUUAAUCACAAGAACAAUUUCCGCAAUAUUUUCGCUGCUGUGCUUUUACUCUUCCGUGCAGCUACUGGAGAAGCUUGGCAGUUGAUCAUGCUGGACUGUCUCGACGCGGAGUGCGAUAAGGAUAGCCGACCUCAAGAUGAGCCCGAUCCGAGAUGUGGGUCGAAGUUUGCAUACUUCUACUUCACUUCUUUCGUCUUUCUUAUGAGUUUCAUGAUGUUGAACUUGUUCGUUGCUGUUAUUAUGGACAACUUUGAGUUCUUGACGCGGGAUUCAUCGAUCCUCGGCCCGCAUCAUUUGGACGAGUUCAUCAGGGUCUGGGCUGACUACGACCCGAAAGCGACUGGCUUCAUAAAGUAUACUGACAUGUUUGAGAUGCUGCGCAAGAUGGAGCCUCCACUUGGCUUCGGAAAGAACUGCCCUGCUAGACUUGCCUAUAAACGACUCAUCCAAAUGAACAUGCCAGUUAAUCAGCAAAAGUGCGUCCGAUUUAACACGACACUAAUGGCAUUAAUACGCACCUCUCUCGAAGUGAAAAUGAUACAAAAGGAGGACAGUUGUUACGCCACUUAUCAGGACCAAAAGCAUUUGGACGGAGAGCUCAGAAAAGAAAUCCAGAUCGCCUGGCCGAAUAUGGAGCAGCGGCAGCUUGAUGAGCUAAUUACUCCACCGACAGAACAUCCUUCCCUUACUGUUGGUAAAAUUUAUGGAGCGCUGUUGAUGUUUGAGCACUGGAGAGCGUUUAAAAAUCGGCAACAAGAAAGAGAAGAGUAUUACCCUGCAGGGGGUAAUCCAGAACAGAAACCUACCUCAAGAGCGGAAAGCUUUGCAUCCCUCGUCUCAAAUAUUUCUCAUCAAAUACAACGCACUAAGUCUCAGCUUUCUCUCCGCCCUGGAGAUAUCCACGAUGUAAAACAGCUUUCCCUCUCUGGCGAGCAACAAACGCGUCCUACUAGUCCACGGAAAUCUGUGGUGGCGUCAUCAAAGACUUCGAUGAAGUCAAACUUCCUUCUUGUUCCUGAAUACAACAACAGCGCCAGUAACAUGAAUGAAGAUGUUCAAUCGCCUGAUACUGCCAGUCCUGACCCAUCCGAAGGCGAUGACGAGGACUAUCCUAUAAUGUCUUCUAGGAGGCAGUUGCACCAUCCCCAUCGGCAAAUUACCUACCAACACUCGAUUGAUUUCGACGGCAACGGAAGCACACUGGACCAGCACGGUGAACCUGUGCCCAUCCCGAGAAGAAGGCUUCCACCUACACCAGGCAGACAUAUGAUUCACUACGAGUCUGUCGAUUCCCCAAACCAGUCGAUAUCUAAAGCCGACCAAGAAAGCGUCACAAUGUGCCGAGUGAACGAGGAGCAUAUGCGCCCCGACCCUUUGUCGGACAUUGAGUAUGAGUACCCCUUAGAAUACUACACAAACAUGCCAAUCUACUACAGCCACGAGCCUGAAUAUUCCAAUAACCGCCAAUCACCUUCAGACUCUGAGUAUUUCUACACUAAGUCAGAGUUAGUUGGAUUUCGAACAAUAACUUAA